GUGUCGGGUUCCCUAACGAAUCUUGAGCGCCAGAGAGGAAAACACAGUUGCUAUAGUGACCACGUGCCCGGAGUACCGCCUCCCAGAAGUUUCGCAAGGGGGCGGAGUCCGACAAGGACGCUGUUUCCGUGGUAACAGCAGCUGGAGCGCCGGGUGAAGCAUGUCGGAUCUUGGCUCGGAAGAGAUCGAAGAGGAGGCAGAGAAUGAUUUGGGGGAAUAUGAAGGUGAACGUAAUGAAGCUGGUGAGCGACAUGGACAUGGGAAGGCCAGAUUACCUAAUGGUGAUACUUACGAAGGACAAUAUGCAAAUGGUAGAAGGAAUGGACAGGGCACUUAUAGGUUUAAAAAUGGUGCACGCUACAUUGGAGAAUAUAUUGAAAAUCGGAAACAUGGCAAUGGCAUCUUUAUUUAUCCAGAUGGAUCCAAAUAUGAAGGAGAAUGGGUGGAGGACCAAAGGCAUGGCCAUGGUGUUUACUACUAUGUAAAUGGUGACACAUAUACUGGAGAUUGGUUUAAUCACUACAGGCAUGGGCAAGGUACUUAUGUCUAUGCAUUAACUGGCUCCAAAUAUGUUGGUACCUGGGCAAAUGGACAACAAGAAGGAGCUGCUGAACUGAUUCACCUAAACCACAGAUACCAGGGGAAGUUUGUGAAUAAAAUUCCAUCAGGUCCUGGAAAGUAUAUAUUUGAUAUUGGGUGUGAGCAACAUGGUGAAUAUGUUCAAGAGGAAAAACUAGAGGAAGAGGAGGAAGAAGAAACUUUUACGCCAGCUGUUCCAAAAUGGAAAGCAUCGAAAAUUACUAACCUAACACUAUGGGCACCUGAAGAACCUCCUCCUCCAGAAGUGACCCCUGCAGCAACUGCAGAGGCUCCAGUAACUGAGGAAGAGGGAGCUGCAGUUUCAGUUACUGUUGAGCCUCCUCCUGAAGCUGCAGAAGCACCUUCAGAAGUAACAGAGCCCCAAGACUCGACAUCUGUGCCUAAAGAGAAUGAGGAGGAGGAUGAAGGUGCUAAAGACGACCAAGUGGAUCAGGCCCCAAUUACAGGAGAAGAAAAAGAGGAAGAAGCAAAGGAAACUGAGCCUCCAGAGUAAAAGGGCGCAAAACCCCACAAACAUUGCAUACAAAUAAAUGAGAUGUGAUCUAGUCAGAAGUUAAGCACUUUUAAGGCCAAUUAUAAUGCUAAUAGAGAAAUUUAAGUUUAUUCAAUGGUAUCUAGAAGUGUUUAACUUUGGCAAAAUAUCAUUCAUAUUUUUUCUUAGCUUAUUAUAGUAGCAUUGGGUUAUUUUUUAGUCUAAUAUUUGUUCAAACUGUUUUGAAUAAAAGUUUGAUAUAAGUUUGA